AUGACCGCGCGCAUUGCGGCAAACCAGACUGUCGAAGAGGCGAUAAAAUACCAUAUAACACCCAAGAAGCGCUUCGUAUCCGAUUCUGCUACAAGAGGCGAUAUGCCGCUGAGGACUUCUCGCAAGAAUAACAUUGCCAUACUGGCAUCGAAGGUGGUGGCUACUGGCUGA